AAAAGGUAUCUUUAGUUUAGGCCACCAUAUAUAUUAGGUUAUGCGAGACUGCAGUUUUAUCUUCUUCUGCCACAGUUUCACCGUGUCUCAGCAAGCUGCAGAAGAAGCAGUUGCACGCUCAAUUCACCAUUGUCGACGUGGAAACUUGAGAUGCCGCCCCCGACGCGCCUCCACGAGCCACCACCUCCGCCGCCGUGCCUCGUUGCUUCCAACACUCCGUUAAAUUUGUUAUCUAUAAAACGUCCCAACACUUUUUUGCCCUAUACAGCCGAAUCCUUCACAAGAAUUACGUUAAAGAGUAAUGGGUUUCGCUAUUAUUCUCAUCCCCCGUCAUCCAAUCCAACAGUCGAUAUAGAUGUGGAGAAAACUGAUUCUGCUAAAUUGAAGCAAAAAAUUGAGGCCCUCGGAGUAAAGUUCGAAUCUUGUACGCCUGGGCAGUUUGAUCUCUUGUAUUGUCCUAAGUGCAAAGGGGGGCUAUCGGUUCAGAGAACUCUGUCAUUUCACAUAAGCCGAAGUUGGAGUUAUGCAAUAUGGAGGUGUUUUGAUCUACAAUGUGGAUGGGCAGGCCAGGUCUUUGCAGACAACGAUAAAGAAAAUCCUCGUGCUAACCGGGAAAGUCCGAGGCUUGAACCUUUGGAUGAUGAGUUGCUUGGAUACUUUGCUGAAAGAAUGAUAUCAAAGGAAACACUGCAGAGAAAUAAUGUUAUGCAAGUUGCUGGCAGUAGGAAAAUCAUUGCUUUUCCGUAUAGACGAAAUGGACAGCUUGUUGGCUGCAAAUACCGGACUCUUGAGAAAAAGUUCUGGCAGGGGAGAAAUACGGAGAAAAUGUUGUAUGGGAUUGAUGACAUUGUAGAUGCAGACGAGAUCAUUAUUGUUGAGGGUGAGAUUGACAAGCUAUCAAUCGAAGAAGCUGGUUAUUGCAAUUGCGUUAGUGUUCCUGGCGGUGCACCACAGACAGUCUCACUCAAUGGAAUACCAUCACAAGAGAAGGACACCGGCUUUCAGUACUUGUGGAACUGCAAAGACUAUUUCCAAAAGGCAUCUCGUAUAAUCCUGGCAACUGAUGGCGAUACACCCGGCCAAGCUUUAGCUGAAGAGCUUGCUCGUCGUCUUGGGAAAGAAAGAUGCUGGCGUGUACAUUGGCCGAGGAAAGAUGAGAUCAGCUCGUUCAAAGAUGCAAACGAGGUUCUAAAGAGUCUGGGUGCAGAUGCUCUUAGAGUUGCAAUUGACAAAGCAGAGUUUUAUGAGAUGCAUAAUUAAGAGUAAUCAGGUGUAGCUAUAAAUGAACUUUGUAUAAGCCAGGUUUUGAUUGUGUGAGGAUGAUUCAUCCUGGUAUUUUAUAUAUUUUAUAUAUUUUAUCUAUAAA